AAAAGUUAAGGGGGUUGAAUUGAAUUUACUCACACAAUUAGUUAUUUUUCCAAAAUGAAAGAGUUUCAAUUCAAUGGGCACGUCUUGGGACAAAUUCUGAGGUUCCGUUCCAAGAUUCUGCAUCGUCUUUAAAUCUCCAGAGGAAUUUAGUUUUGGUCGUUGGGAAAGAGAAUGGUGCUGGUAUUAGCAUUGGGUGAUCUUCACAUCCCACAUAGGGCAGCUGAUUUACCUCCAAAGUUCAAGUCUAUGCUUGUUCCUGGCAAGAUCCAACAUGUCAUCUGUACCGGUAACCUUUGCAUUAAAGAAAUUCAUGAUUAUUUGAAGAGUCUUUGUCCUGACUUGCAUAUUAGUCGAGGGGAAUAUGAUGAGGAGGCACGUUACCCAGAAACCAAAACGCUGACCAUUGGUCAGUUCAAGCUUGGAUUAUGCCAUGGGCACCAGGUUGUUCCGUGGGGGGACUUGGACUCUCUAGCCAUGCUCCAGAGGCAAUUGGACGUCGACAUACUUGUGACUGGCCACACCCAUCAGUUCACAGCAUACAAACAUGAAGCAGGGGUGGUUAUAAAUCCAGGAUCUGCCACUGGUGCCUACAGCAGCAUCACUUAUGACGUCAACCCCAGCUUUGUUCUCAUGGACAUUGAUGGCCUGCGUGUUGUGGUCUAUGUUUAUGAACUCAUUGAUGGAGAAGUUAAAGUUGACAAGAUCGAUUUCAAGAAAACAUCAACAACAUAGAAUAUUCAUUGAACAAGAAGACUCGUGUGCUACAGAUUUCAAUCAAGGCCCAAGUGUUAAUACGCCAUUGCUUUCCUGCUUGCUUUCCUAUUUGGAUAGUUUUUGUUGGGAUGUUUACGAGUUUGAGUUUGAGUUAUUCAAGCCUACUAGAUUAAUAUAUAAACCAAAUCAAACUAAAGAUAAUACGAGUUUCAUCCGUUUUUGUUUUAAAUGGUUUUGUGGUUAUUUUUUGGAUAAAUUGUACAUCUUAAUCUAAAAUAAGUUCACAUCUUUGUCUUGAUCAA